AUGAAGCGUGGUGCAGGAGUGCAAAUGAAUGACAGAAUAAAGUGGGUGAAUUUUGAUGAGGCUUUUGAGGGUCGAUUACAAAGUAGUGCUAUCAUUAAUGUAGAUUACAAGGACAUUAAUGAGUUCCUUGAUGAUGCUUUUGUUUUAUUUCAGAUUAAUAUUGAAAAAGCUUUAAACAAAUUUGGUCCAAUAAAAGUAUAUACCGUGUUAGGUGCAAAAUUCAAAAAAGAUUCAAUAGAUGGUAGAGAAGAAAUAUCUGAUUUAAAAACAUUUACCGCAAAAACUGCUGAAAUCUUAAAUACAACCCCGUUAGAUGACUGGUAUAAUGUUAAUGUUAAACAAGUUACUUUGAGAAGAAUUGAAGAGUUCCAAGAGAAAGAUUCUAAUUGGAAACUUGAUUCGAUUCAAAGAUUAGAGGUUAACAUUAACAAGUACAACCCUAUGCGCGCAAGUUCUUACAUUGACUUACCACUUCCAAUAAAACGUAAAAAAGCCUGUAUUAAUGUGCAAAACAUAGAUAAUCAGUGUUUUAAAUGGGCAAUACUAUCAGCUUUAUACCCACCUUUGAGAGAUGCUGACCGCGUUUCAAAAUACAGACAGUAUGAAGAAACGCUUAAUUUUACUGGAAUUAAAUUUCCUGUCGCACUUAAAGAUAUUUCUAAAUUUGAGGCUCUGAACAACAUUUCAGUAAAUGUAUACGGUCUUAGCAAAAGAGAUAAAAAGUUUACCGUUUCACCUCUACAUCUUUCAUCUCAAAAAAAGUUUACUCAUGUAAAUAUGUUACUAAUUGAAGACCACUACAUAGAUGAAAAUCUUAUUGAUGAUGAAGAGAGGGAGUCUGAUAAUGUAACUAUCAUUUCAUUCAACUACCAUUAUGUCUGGAUAAAGGACUUAUCGAGACUAGUAAGUUCGGAUUUAUCAAAGCAGAAAAAUAAAAAGUACAUAUGUGAUCGCUGUUUACACUAUUUUCUUAAUGAACAAAAGCUUACAAGCCAUGAAGAAAAUUGUAGAAAAAUGAACGAGACAAGAAUUAGGCUACCGGAAGAAGGAAAAAAUUUUGUUGAAUUUAAAAAUUUCCAGAACAAGGAGCGUGUUCCUUUUAUUAUUUAUGCGGAUUGUGAGAGUUUAUUAAUUCCUGCUGAUAUACCACAAGAGAUCAAUAAUACUGAGGUUUUCCAAAAUCAUAAAACGCUCAGUAUUGGUUACUACUUGAAGUGUGGUUUUGAUGACUCAUUGUCCAUGUACAAAGCAUCUCCAAUAGAUGAGGAGAAUCCUGCAAAGUGGUUUUCAAAGGAGUUAAAGAAUUUAUCAGAUAAUCUUAAUAUGAGAUUUAAAAACCCUAUUCCAAUGAAAGUGCUAAGUCGACAAGAACUGGUUGAUUUUAGAAAUGUAAAUACAUGUCAUAUUUGUAGAAAGAAAAUCAAGUAUGGGGAUGUAAAAGUAAGAGACCACUGUCAUCUAACAGGGAAGUAUCGUGGGCCCGCGCAUCAAGAGUGCAACAUUAAUUAUCACGAAUCACAGGUUAUACCUGUUGUUUUUCAUAACCUGAGUGGUUAUGACGCGCAUUUCAUAAUUGAAUCUAUUGCUACGGAAUUUGAAGGCAAAGUUGAUCUGCUUCCCAUAAAUAAAGAGAAGUAUAUCAGUUUUACAAAAAAUAUUAAGGAUAGUGUUAUAAAAUUUCGCUUUAUUGAUUCAUUUAAAUUUAUGGCAUCAUCAUUGGACAAAUUAGCGUCCUACCUCGAUGAAUACAAAAUUGUAAGUUCAGUAUUUUUUAAUUACAGCAACGAUAAAAUUAAAUUGUUAACUCGUAAAGGAGUUUUUCCUUACGAAUAUAUUGAUUCACGGGAAAAACUUGAAGAGACUCAAUUACCACCAAAAGAAAAAUUUUAUAGUACGUUAAAUGAUUCAAAUGUUUCCGACGAAGAUUAUGCACAUGCGCAGAAAGUGUGGACCGAAUUCAAUUGUCAAAAUCUCGGCGACUACGUGUAUUUGUAUAUGCAAACAGAUGUACUGUUACUUGCAGAUAUUUUCGAAAAUUUCCGAAAUCAGUGUUUACUCGCAUACGGUCUUGAUGCAGCGCAUUAUUAUACAACACCAGGUUUAACAUGGGAUGCUAUGUUAAAGUAUACGAAUAUAAAAUUGGAACUCCUCACAGACAUUGAUAUGGUGAUGUUUGUUGAACGUGGAAUUAGAGGUGGAAUAAGUCAAUGUACCAAUCGGUACGCAAAAGCAAAUAAUCCUUACAUGGAAGAAUAUAAUGAAAAUGAGGAAACAUCUUACAUCGUAUACUUUGACGCAAAUAACUUGUAUGGUUGGGCCAUGAUUCAAUCACUUCCAUAUGGUGGCUUUGAGUGGGAAGAAAAUAUUGACAAUUCUUUUGAUUUUAACGUUCCAGAUGAUGGGCCAAUAGGUUACAUUUUGGAAGUCGACUUAGAUUAUCCGGAAGAACUUCAUGAAAAACAUAGUGAUUUUCCGUUUUGUCCUGAACGCUCAAAGCCACCAGGGUCAAAAGAGCCGAAGCUUCUAACUACCCUUCUACCGAAGCGAAAGCAUGUUCUCCAUUACCGUGCUUUGAAGCAAGCUGUAGCCAACGGCCUAGUAUUAAUUCAAAUUCAUCGCGUUUUAAAAUUUCAGCAAGCCAUGUGGUUAAAAAAUUACAUUGAUUUUAAUACAACUCAACGAACUAAUGCUAAUAAUGAGUUUGAAAAAAACUUGUUUAAAUUAAUGAACAACGCGGUAUUUGGCAAAACAAUGGAGAACGUGCGAAAACAUGUUGAUAUAAAACUUGUGACAAAGUGGCAGGGUAGAUAUGGAGCUGAAGCAUUCAUUGCGAAACCUAAUUUCCACAGCAGGGCCAUUUUUAACGAGAACUUGGUUGCUGUGGAGCUUAGAAAAAUGGAAGUUUUGAUGAACAAACCACUUUAUGUUGGUUUGACUGUUUUGGAUGUGUCAAAAACUUUAAUUUACAACUUUCAUUACGAUUACAUGCUAAAAAAGUAUGAUGGAAAAAAUUUAAAACUGUUGUACACCGACACCGAUAGCCUUAUUUAUGAAAUCAAAUGCUCUAAUAUUUAUAGAGACAUGAAAGAAGAUAUUCACAAAUUCGAUACUUCGGAUUAUCCAGUAAAUAAUGUGUACAAUAUUCCGCAAGCCAACAAAAAAAUUUUAGGACUUAUGAAAGAUGAGUGCAGCGGGAAAAUUGUAACUGAAUUUGUUGGCUUGCGGAGUAAAAUGUACAGUGUGCGAGUGGAAGAUCAAGAUUUUAUUAAAAAAGCAAAAGGUGUGAAAUCCGCAGUUGUAAAGAAAACUAUUACCUUUGAUGACUACACGUAUUGUUUACGAAAUGUUAAAAUGCAAUCGCGAACUCAAUAUUGUAUCAGAUCGAAACUUCACAAUGUUCAAACUUUAAAACAAACAAAAGUAGCUUUAAGUCCUUACGAUGAUAAAAGAUUUUUGUUAGAUAAUAGUACAGAUACCCUUGCAUGGGGACAUUGUAAAAUUAGACAAAUUAACGAUGAAGCUAUGGAAUUGUAA